AUGGAGCAGUCCCCUGCAAUGCGUUCUGACUACUUGGUCUCAGGGAUUCGAACUCCGCCAGUGAGGAGGAACAGCAAACUGGCAACACUGGGCAGGAUCUUCAAACCAUGGAAGUGGCGGAAAAAGAAAAACGAGAAGCUAAAGCAGACAUCUGCAGUGCUGGAGAAGAAGAUGACAGCACGACAAGGUCGGGAUGAACUCAUUAAGAAAGGUCUUCUGGAGAUGAUGGAACAAGAUACUGAAGGCAAAGCCUGCACUGGUGACGAUGCCACGAGAGCAACGCAGAGUGACCCUCCAGCUCCUGUGUGCCAGGCACUUACCUCAGAAGAGGUGCAGCAAGAGAGUACAAUAGCAGCCACAACGAAUGUGACCUCGCUUGGUGAGGAGCUGCAUUUGGAUGAGCUGAAAGAAGAUGCAGCCAAGAAACCUUCAGCACCCACGGAAGAAUUAGAAGAUGCCAGCCUGCCAGCAUCUGAAGACAGUCCACAAGCCUUACUUGUAUCCGAAUCCACAGAUUCCCCCCAGAAACAGACAGAAAGAAACCCAGCACAGCUUCCCAGCCCUCCGUUGCUCCCAGCUCCACCACCUAAGGCAAUCUCCAAAAUCACAAAGAGCAUAACAGGAAGUGAAAUAGAUGACCCAGCCAUGAAAUCUCCUCCGUCCACCAUCCUGAAGAAUUAUGUCGUCAUUGGUUCCUCCCAAAUCUCAGGACAAGCUGCUCUCUUCCAUCCCUCUGGCCAGAAAAGUUCAGAUCCCCAUGUCAGAGGACAGGUAACACCACCAACCGGUUCCCCUCACCUGGCUGCCGUCCACCUGCCUUUACCUCCCAGCAGAGUAAUUGAAGAACUCCACAGGGCUCUGGCCACCAAACACCGUCAGGACAGCUUCCAUGGAAGAGAAAGCAAAGGCUCUCCAAAAAAAAGAGUGGAUGUCCGUCCAUCCAGAACAUCUAGCAUUGAGCGCAACAAAGAAAAGGAGAACUCACUGAGUUACAGCAGUGAUUCAGAAAAUAAGCGGAACUCGGUUAAAGAGUCGGAUGAGAACAAAGAAAACAUGAUUAUGAACUCAGAGCUCAAGGAAGACUCUGUUUUUUAUCAGGAUGAGGAAGUUUUGAAUGACUCCAUUAUUUCUGGUACUUUGCCAAGAAAAUGCAAGAAAGAACUGCUGGCAGUAAAACUACGAAACAGACCAAGUAAGCAGGAGCUGGAAGACAGGAAUAUUUUCCCAAGGAGGACAGAUGAGGAAAGACAGGAAAUCCGGCAGCAAAUUGAAAUGAAACUCUCAAAGCGACUCAGCCAAAGACCUGCUGUUGAGGAGCUAGAAAGAAGAAACAUACUUAAACAACGAAAUGAUCAAACAGAACAGGAAGAAAGAAGGGAAAUCAAACAGAGACUGACAAGAAAGCUUAACCAGAGACCUACGGUUGAUGAACUAAGAGACAGAAAAAUCCUGAUUCGAUUCAGUGAUUAUGUGGAAGUGGCAAAAGCACAGGACUACGACAGGCGAGCAGAUAAACCGUGGACAAGACUAUCAGCAGCAGAUAAGGCAGCAAUUCGGAAAGAGCUAAAUGAAUACAAAAGUAAUGAAAUGGAGGUACAUGCAUCAAGCAAACAUUUGACAAGAUUUCACAGGCCAUAGAAAUUUUCUUCUGAGAAGAAUCUGUCUUUACUUUUUGAUAUCGCUG